AUGAAAUUUGCCGAUAUUCUCAGAAUGACAAAAGUAUCGGAAGAUGAAAUGAGCGAGAAAUGGGAUCGUUGUUUCGCGGAUUCGCUUUUAAAAAUAACCGGUGGUCUUGCGAUUGGUAUUGUUGCUUCGUUAGCUUUAUUUAAAGGACGUUCAUUUCCAAUGUGGUUUGGAUCUGGUGUUGGCUUAGGUAUGGGUUGGAGCAAUUGUCGUCAUGACUUACAGACGCCUUAUCUUUUGUACGGUAAAAAAGUGCGAUCCGAACAAGUGGACGCCUCAAAAGCUGAUGAAAAAUCCGAUUAUAUGCCAACAGCAGUGGAUCGCACCCAAAUGGAUUCGAAAACGGUCGACUGCAGUGAUCUAAUGGCUUUCCAGGAUGCGCUGAAUAAAAUGCGUUUGAUUGAUGAUAAAAUAUUAUUCGAACUGAACUGCGCAUUGCCAAGUAGUUCAUUUUCGGCAAAUGUUAAUAAAGGUGAAAAGUGUAAAGAAAUACAUUUACAGUUGGUUGGUGUGAGGGCAAAACGAAUGGAACUGAUCCGGCGAUGUGUGAACGAAAACCAAGAAAAUAUAACAAAUUUAAGAAAGAAUGAUGCUUCACCGGGUGAAGUACGCUUAGCACAAAAUACGGUACUAUUUCCUCAUUCGAGAAUUAAUUGGAUCGUUGAGCAGAAUGAAGUUAAUGAAAUUGCAAUUUAG